UAUAGAAAGAUGAUGUUUGCGGAUCUGCUUCUGGCCACAGAAAGGCUCAAAAGCGAGAAGAGGUUCCUUAGCAACAUGAUUAUCAAGCUCGUUGGGGAGAACCAGCAGCUCUUGAAAGAAAACAAGCAUUUUAGACAAGAGAUGAGGAGCCUGCAGUAUCCACAGCGUUACAUAAAAAGAACCUGGGAGGAGAUAGAGGUGGAAGACGGAAUCAAGAUCAAGAAGCCAAAGGCUAUAAAGCACCAGCAGGAAGAGGUGUAUAAUUAUUUUUGCUUUAAGUGGUCUAGACUGUGUGACUGUCAGCUUGCCAGGCAUCAGGAACACCUAAGGACAAGUGUGGCUCACCAUGGAAUGGCCAGCUGUGAUUCUUCUCUCAUCUCUGAUUCUGUCAGGCGUCACCAUCUUCUAAGCAACGUGGAAGCUUGGCAGCCCUUGGAGCAUGAACUAACAAGGAAUGCAAAGAAGACACUGCAAUUUUGGGAAAAGAAGAUGGAAGAAAAAAAAGUAGAUCUUUUCAAGGAACAAGUACUUAUGGUUGAAACAAGAGCAGCUUUGAUUGAACAAGGAAAACAUAUUGAGAGUCUUCAGAUGAAAAUAAAUUGCCUGCAGGAGGAACUCAAGGACUCUGAGCUACAGGCUACAUUACAGGCAGAGAAGCCGAGUGAAGACCAUUAUGCAACACCAUGUUUCUAUGAAGUAGGCAUGGAACAUUUAGAAUCACAAAUGAGUGGAGCAGGAAAAAGAAGCUGUGUUUAUGUGUGGCAAACAAGCACACAGGCUAAAAGACCUGAAGAUGACACAGAAAAGCAAGAGCCUGAAAAGAUGACGCAGAAAAGCGAGAGUCCGGCUCCUGAAGUUCCUCAAUUGUCCAGAAAUAACCUAAACAAGAAAUGGCUUGAAGAAUCCAUACAGAGACUCCAAGGGAAAGGAGAUCCCAAGGCAUCCAAGAAGAAAGUUUUAAGGUGGCUUCAGGCUUCCAUGGAAAACCUUGCAGAGAAAGUUUCAGAAGCACCCAAACCAGCUAUUGAAGAAUGGCUUAAAGAAUCCCGUAGAAACUUUGAAGAGACAUGCCCCGAAGAAGCCAGACAGGAUGUGAAAGAAUGGCUUGACGUAUCCAUAAGUAACCUCCAAGAGGAAGGUCCUGAAACAUGCUACGUAGGUGUUCAAGAAUGGCAUGAAGAAUGCAUUAAGAGCAUCCAGGGCCUUCAAGAGUCUGAAGCAAAGCCUCAGUUGCUCAGGGAUAACAUAAAGAAGGAACGGCUUGAAGAAUCCACAAUGAGCCUCCAAAAGGAAGCUUCUAAAGAGAAUGUAUUAGGAUGGCUUCAGGAACCUAUGGAAAACCUCAGAGAAGGCAAUGAAGCAUCCAGAGAAAAUAUGCAAAAAUGGCUUCAAGCAUCCAUUAAGGACUUCAUGGAAAGGGGUCCUGAAGAUUCCAGUGAGGGUUUGCAGGAAUGGCUUGAAUCAUCCAUGAAAAAAAUUGACGAGCUAUAUCCUGGAGAAUCAAGACAGGAUAUGAAGGAGUGGUUUAAAGCAUCCAUAAGAAACUUCCAAGAUCUAGGGCCUGAAGCAUCCCAUAUAGGUAUAAAAGAAUGGCUUGAAGCAUCCAUGCAAAACAUCCAAGAGAUUCCUGAAGCACCCAUGAAGGAUAUCCAGAAGAAAAGUCCUGAAGCAAACAUGGAAAGCAUCCAGGAGAAAGGUCCUGAGGCAUCCAGUAAGAAGGUGCCUAAACCAUUCACAGAAAGCCAUCAGAAAUCCAUGCUGAAUGUGGGGAAGUGGCUUCAGUCAAACUUAAUAAACCGCAUACAAGAAAGUUCUGAAACAUCCAUAGAAAAUGUGCAGGAGUGGAUUGAAGAAUCCUUAAGAAACGUUGAAGAUGAGUUGCCUGAACCAUCCAGACAAGAAGUGACGGAAUGGCUUGAAGAAACCAGAAAAGGGCUCCAAGAGGGAAAUCCUGAAGCAUCCAAACAGAACCUGAACAAAUUCCUAAAAGAAUCCAUUCUGAGCCUCAAAGAGGACAUUCCUCCACCAACUGCCAAAAGUGUGCAUCAGUGGCUUGAGGAAUCGAUAGCAAAUGUCCAAAGGGGAGCCUCCAGGCUAGGGGUUCAAAAGUGGCUUGAACAAUCCCUGAAAACCAUGGAAGAGGAAGGACCUGAUGUGUCCGGACAGGACCUACAGCAAUGGUUUGAAACCGCCAUGGGAAACCUCGAUGAAACAUGUCCUGAAGCGUCAAGACAUGAUGUGAAAGGAUGGCUUGAGACAUCCAUGAUGAAUCUUCAGGAGCAAGGUCCCGAAGCAUCUAAGUUGAAUGUGCACGAAUGGCUUGCAGAAUCUGUGCAGAAUUUUAAAGAGGGAACUUCUGUAGAAAGUAUAGUAAAUGUGGAGGGGUGGGCGGAAUCAGCGAUAGAGAGUCUCAAAGAGGAAGCCUCCCAUCUGAAUACUCAAGAAUGGCUUGCAGAAUCCCUGGCAUACCUCAAAGAAGACCCUGUCGCAUCCCAGCAAGAUAUUAAGCAAUGGCUUGAAGAAUCCAAAACAAACCUCAGUGAGUUGUGUAGUGAAGAAGCUAGAAUGGAUGUGGAUAAAUGGCUUCGAGAAGUCACAGGGAGUUUCCAGGAGGAAGGACCCGAAGCAUUCAAAGGGAACCUGCAGGGAUUCAUAAGAUCAUCAAUGUCAAAUCUCAAACAGGAAAGUAUUGCAGCAUCUAGAGCAAGCAACAGGGAUUGGGCUGGCAUAACCAGGUAUACUCCAAACACCAAGGAUACCGUACCGAAAAUAAAACGCAAUGUAUCCAGGAUGAAAAGUGCUAGGUCAAAUAGUUGA